GGCAAAAUAUACAUGUCAUGUGAUUCUCGAGAAUUCACCUCCAAAUUAAUUCAAUAUUGUAGGAAUUGCUUUUGCGCGUCCAACAAUCUUUAUUUUACAGCUGCAACUCCUGUCUUUUUUCUUGUAAUCUACCAUAACGUCUUUCUUCUAAUCUUCCCCAUAUUUGUGUCACUCUUUAUGCCACAGCGAACAGAACAAUGGCGACCAAUCAGUCUUCUAAUGAAGAAGAUGAAGCCGUGAGAGAAAGUUAUAAUUUCGUGCCAGUUCCGUCAGUCUAUGACCACGAUAUAAGAUUCGAGAAUCGAAACACCGAAGAAUUGCAUCAUGGGAUCCUCGAAGCCGCGCGACUGGAACAUGAAAGGGUGCGGAAUGAAGCUUUGCGAAUCUUCCAAAUCACUCUCAUACAAGAACAACAACUCAGAGCCCAACAUGAAAUCCGAGCUGAAGAAGAAAGGUUACGGAUUGAGGAGAUGCGGUUGAAGAUUGAGGAAAACCGCGUCAAAGCGGAGAUGCAGAGCGCAUUGGCAGAAAUAAAAAGGAGGGAAUUGGAAGAAGCUGCAAGAAGAAUACCUGUUGUCCCUCCAAAACCUCCUACCCCUCCACCAGUAGCUGAAGUUCCUCGAGCGCCUACACAAACGAAUUCGAAUCCACCUCAGACUCAAUCUCAACCUCCCCAGCAACAACAACAACAGCAACAGCAGCAGCAACAGCAACCACCACCGCAACAGAAUAAUAACAGUGGAGGGGGAUUCGGCGCGCCCAGUCAACAAACGAAUCAAAGCAGGCCUCCUCAGCAAGCCAAUGCUUUUUCGCAACCUCAACCUCAAGCCCAACAGCAAACAAAUGGAUUCUCGAAUAAUCAACAACAACAACCUCCAAAGCAGCCAUCCGCGCAACCUACAACUCGACAGCAACCUACACCUACCUCGAAACCAUCAGCUUCCAAGGAUCAUCUAUUACCAGGUGUGGAACGUUAUGUUGAAAUUCAUAAAAAUCUUAAACAACUACGGCAAUAUCUAGUAACGGAAGGAAAACAAAAUAUACCAUUCAAGAAAUUGUUAGGAGAUUAUCGAAGAGCAAUUCGGCAAACUGUUGGACAAUUGACUGGAGAAAGAGGCGCUAAUAGGGAAUGUAUCAACAAAAUCGUUAAACUGCUUGGAGAAUCUCUAAGAACGGUACAAUCUCCAGGAAUCGACCCUAGCAAUUAUAUGGUAUCGAAACCAAAUCCUGUACAAGGAGCUCAAAAUAAUGGAGAACAACUUCCCUCUUUAUUCAUCUACCUGCUCAACUUUUUCUCGAAAUCCAUCGUUUCUCAAUUUAUCAAUGAAGCAGGUGUUCGACCAGAAAUGGCAGAUCCUGUUGGUGUUAUUGCCGUCUCGAUAUUUGCUAGGGAUGAAUUUUUAUGGAGAGGUGCUUCAUUAAUCGAUAUUUUAAUGGCGAAAAUGCGCGUCUCCAUACCCGUUGUAUUUGGACUUCGUGGAAACGAUAAAACAGAAGAAGGAAGGGCUCGAAUAGGAUGGCAAAGAUUAGACGAUGGAAGUUGGAUCGAUGAACAAGCUCAUAACAACAGAAUGGUUGGACUCGCAGCAGGAUAUGCAGCUAUUUCUCUUCGUGAUUUCUCCAAAGUGAAACUCACAAAUCCAUGGCCACCAACGUAUUAUUGGAGAGCGAUGGCAAGUAUUGUAUCUACACCUACGGAAGAAGCAUCCUCAACACAAUAUACAGCUUUGAGAUCCAUGAUUGAAGGCUGGGAACAGAGAUUCAUAGAACUGUAUGGAGUUCAAGCAAUUGCAGCUCUACGAGUUGCUUUAGUAGAUUUCCCAGCUCGCGCUCCGCCGUCGGCAAAAGUAGCAGCUGGAUCGUUGAGUGUGUUGGUGGAUAAAUUGGAUAGGGAUAAGGGAUUGACACUUGCAUAUUGAGGGAAGGGAGUGGAAGUGCUUGUAUAGUACGUUAAUAAAAUAGAGGGAAUGCAUUUGGAUGUUGAGGAAGUUUAGAUUUGCAUAGGAGCUGAGAGGUUUUUUUUUUUCUUGGGGGUUCUUUUUGCAUGAGGGGCGUUAGCGAGGAAUGGUUGAAUGAAUGAAUGAAGUUUGUAACAAAUACUUCUCCAUAUUGGUUGGCAUGGAAGGGUGGGAGAUGGAAAUGCAGAUGCAGAUGCAGAGAGAUGGAAAUGGAAAUUCUCAUCUCGUGUCGCGAAUUAUAUACCCACUGAAAUGGAAGCA